CCGGAAGGGCAUCUCCGGCCUGGCCCUCACCGAGGCUACCGGACUCGACGAGAACGCCCUGGAGGAUAUGCGUGCGGCCUUUGGCGAUGGCACGGAUUAUCUCUUCGCUCUCGAGAUGGAAGAGGAAGAGGAAGAGCGCGAGAUGGAGGAAGAAAAGCAACUCGACCUCAAGGAUGUGUUCGAGCCAUCGCUGCUGGCGGAGAAGAUGUUGACGGACGAAGACAAUGAGAUCCGAUUCACCGACGAGCCUGAACGCCACCAGAUCGCCCGCAAACCGUACAAGCACGUCACCCUCAGCGAUGAAGAGUUCCGUGAGGAGGCCGGAUGGAUAGCGAAUAUGAUGUUGCUGAAGAAGCGUAUCGAACCAGAACUCCGGGAGCCUUUCCAGCGUUCCGUGACCAAGGUGCUCGAGUUCAUGGUCACGGAGGAUUGGGAAGUACCAUUCAUCUUCCAGCAUCGCAAGGACUAUCUGAUUCACGCCGCUAAAGUGCCGGUCUCUCCGGACCCUAAUAAUCCAGAUGCUCCGCAGUACACCAUCAAGGCUCAGAAACUACUCAACAUGACGGAUCUGUGGGACAUUUUCGACCUUGACCUCAAGUUCCGUGCCUUCAUCGACAAACGGCAUCACGUGCAGAACAUCUACGAUAAGCUCCAGAGCGUCAUGAAAAUCAAGGAUGACAUCAUCGAGGACAUGCUCCCGGCUGCCACGACGAUGGAAGAACUCCAGGAUCUUCAGGAAUACGUACACUUCCAGUAUGGGCCCCAAAUCAAAGACUUGUCCUUGAUGGGGAAUGGCACGAACGGCACGAAUGGUACGGAGGGUGCGGAUGGCGCAGAUGGCGCAGAUGGUGUUGAUGGCACCGAGGCCAAAGGUGAAACACCACUCCGCCGCAGAACCGGAGCGAAAAGUUUCUUUGAUCGCGUCAGAAACAGUAAUGUCUACAAUCUCGUACGCGCCUUUGGAAUCACCCCCGAUGCUGUCGCGCAGAGAGCUCUGAAAAAGGGCCGUGGACAGUACACCGAAGACCCCGAGAAGCCGCCGGAGGAGGUAGCGGACAGCCUUCUGGACACGGACUUCACGAACGCGUCCAAGGCCCUAAAAGCCGCCAAAAGCAUGUUUGCCGAGGAACUGGUGAUGAGCCCCCGGAUGCGCAAAGUCGUCCGCCAGGAAUGCUACAUGAAGGGCGUGGUCGACUGCUACCGCACCGACAAGGGCCUCCGACGGAUCGACGAAGAGCACCCUUACUACGAGUUCAAGUACCUGCGCAAUCAGCAACUCACCGACAUCGCUCGCCGUCCUGAGCUGUUCCUGCGUAUGCUGAAGGCCGAAGAAGAAGGCCUCGUCCAGGUCAAGGUCCGUUUUCAGGACUUCGACCGGUACCGGGAGAGCCUGUAUGCCCACAUCGAAUCGGACAAUCUCAGUGAAGUUGCCGAGGCCUGGAACCGUGAGCGGCGCGAGGUAAUUGACAUGGCACUGUCCAAGCUGGAGAAGGUUAUGAACCGCAGCGUCAAAGAGAACCUUCGGCAAGAAUGCGAGAACCAUGUGGCCAAGGAGUGCCGGGAGGUGUUCUCUCAGAAGCUCGACCAGGCUCCAUACAAGCCCAAGGGGAUGGUCCUGGGAACAGUACCUCGAGUGCUUGCUGUGACAAGCGGGCGGUGCCGGAUGAAUGGUGAAGGCUACAUCCAGUGGGCUUGGGUGGAAGAAGACGGUCGUGUGGUGGAAAGCGGCUUGUUUGAGGACCUGCGAACGGGUGACAAGGAUCGUCAUAUGAAGGAAGGCAAGGACGUGGCCACCUUCGUGGAGCUGGUUGAGCGGCGGCGCCCGGACGUCGUUGCGGUGUCUGGCUACCAUCCUGACACCCGGAAGCUCUACAAGCAACUUUGCGAUAUCAUUGACAAGAAGGAUCUCCGCAGUGCCCCCUACACCGAUGAAGACGACAAAGAGGUCAGUGAUCGGCUGGAGGUUGUCAUCGUCAAUGACGAGACCGCGCGGGCAUAUUCCGCUAGCAAGCGGGCGAGGGAGGAGUUCCCGACGGCACGGAACUCGUUGUUCCCUUACUGCGUUGGUCUGGCCAGAUACAUGCAGAGCCCCAUGAAGGAGUACGCUGCCCUUGGGAAGGACGUCGUCCAAAUCCAGUUUGCGUCUGGACAGCAGUACGUCUCGGAGGAUCUCCUUAUGCGGCAUUUGGAGACUGCCCUGGUGGACAUGGUCAAUCUCGUCGGUAUCGAUAUCAAUGAGGCGGUCACCGACAGCUCCACAGCCAGUCUGCUGCCUUACAUUUGCGGUCUGGGUCCGCGGAAGGCCUCCCAUUUGCUGAAGAUUAUCAACAUGAACGGCGGCGUGGUGAAUAACCGGGUUGAGCUCCUUGGUGUCAACGCCCAAUAUCCGGCGAUGGGUGUGAAGGUGUGGAACAACUGUGCCAGUUUCCUGUAUAUUGACUGGGAGAACGCCGAUCCGGACGCCGACCCUCUCGACAACACUCGUGUCCAUCCAGAAGACUACGACAUCGCACGCAAGAUGGCGGCGGACGCGCUGGAGCUGGACGAGGAAGAUAUCAAAGCCGAGACGGACGAAAACGGCCAGGGCGCGAUUGUCCGGAAACUGUUCAAGGAAGAGGCGCAGGACCGGGUGAACGAUCUGAUUCUGGAGGAAUACGCGGAGCAGCUGGAGAAGAACCUCAACCAGCGCAAGCGGGCCACCUUGGAGACGAUCCGGGCGGAGCUGCAGCAACCGUACGAGGAGCUGCGGAAACAGUUCGCCUUCCCUAGCACCGAUGAAAUCUUCACCAUGCUCACUGGCGAGACGUCCGAAACGCUCCGGGAAGGCAUGGUGGUGCCCAUGUCCAUCAAGCGGAUCACACACGAUCACAUCGAGGGCAUUCUCGAUUGCGGUAUUGACGUGAUAGUGCCGGAGGCGCACAUGACGGAUCGCCACGACCGGUCAGCCCGGGAUCUCUACGAGCUACACCAGUCGGUGCUGGGCAAAAUCCUCUAUCUCAACCGCAAGAACUUUACGGCCAAUAUGUCGCUCCGUGAGGACCAGGUCAGCCACCCGUUGAAGAAGACGGUCGAUCGCGCGCCAGGCGAGUGGGACGAGCGACAAGAAGAGGAGGAUCGGAAGGCGCUGCAGGAGACGACCAAGGUGGAGAAUCGCUUCAUGCGCGUGAUCAAGCACCCGCUGUUCCGGCCGUUCAAUUCAGCGCAAGCGGAGGAGUACUUGGGAGGCCAGAGCCGGGGCGACUGCGUGAUCCGGCCGUCGUCCAAGGGGCCAGAUCACUUGACGGUGACGUGGAAGGUGGCGGAUGGUGUGUACCAACACAUCGACGUGCUGGAGCUGGACAAGGAGAACGAGUACGCGGUGGGACGGAUCCUGAAGAUCGGAGGAAAAUACACGUACAGCGACCUGGACGAUUUGAUUGUGAACCAUGUACAGGCGAUGGCCAAGAAGGUAGAAGAGAUGAUGAACAACGACAAGUUCCACAACACCACCCAAGCCGCAACUGAGGAGUGGCUGAAGACAUACACCAAGGCAAACCCGAAACGAUCCGCCUACGCCUUCUGCAUCAACACAAAGUAUCCGGGAUACUUCAACCUGUGCUUCAAGGCGGGGCAGAACGCGUCGCUGCAGUGCUGGCCGGUGAAAGUGAUUCCGCAGGGCUACGAGCUGCAGCGCAACCCGUAUCCGGACAUGCAGGCGCUGUGCAACGGCUUCAAGUUGCUGUUUACUAAUAUGCUGGCUGGGAAGCGGCGGUAG